UACCUAUUAACUGUAAACUAGGAUUAAAUGACAGGAAAACAGACCAAUAUAAAAUGUAUAAAUAAUAUAAUUUUUCUCCCCUUGGUCGACUGCGCGAAGGUUAAUCCUGUGUGUGAUAUUGGCAAGACGAAUUUUCGUGAAAUAUCGCGUGAAUAAGAAGCACUCUGUGUUCGUUUGUUUUGAAGAGUAUAUACCUAAGUGAAAUAGGAAUAUUUACAAGACUUCUUUCAUGACUUUUUGCGAAUUAAAAAACUCGCCGCUUUCACCUAACCGCUUUAAUCUAACGUUUCCUUCUGAUUUCACGUUUUUUAAAUAUAUUUUAUUUUAUUUAUAAUAUCCUCCCAUUAUUAUCAGAAUCAUGAACGAAGUUACAGAUAACUUUGCCUGGACUCACCAGCUCGAGUGUCCACCGACAGUAUACAAUGACUCAGUGAAGAAAAUAUUAUGCAAAGGGGUAUUGGAGCUUCUGUGGGAGGAUAUUUCUAAUUCUGUGUUUCCCACGGCUGAAGUAUGUAAGAUAAGAAAGAACAUUUUACUGCACAAAUUGAAGCAUGGAUUGAACGAUUCUGCAAUUUCGUCCAUAAGGAAUUUUAACCAAUUGAAAGUCAAGAGCAACACAGUGAAGCAACAAAUAUCUACGCUGGAGAAAGAGUAUGAAGAACAGGAUUACAAUGUCAGACAAAAGAUGCAACAAUUGAAGGAUAUAAAAAGCGAGUGUUUAAUGACCAGCACAAGAAAGGAUUUUCUCAAAUUGAAGCAUAGUGAAACCAGUAAGCAACUGCAAGAUUGCAGCGACAUGAGAAGAGUGUGUCAACAUCUAAUGCCAAACACCUCUAGGGAUAUAAAUCAGCAGAGAUUAAGGGAGAAUCUGGAUAUAGUAGCAAAUCUGCGUCGUUCAGCCGCAGAUAAGAAACAAGUAUGGACAAAGGUAUCGAAUUUUCUUGGUGGUAUUGACGUGCACACGCUGUGGACACACUUGUAUCAAGCGCUGUCGCAAGAUUUGGAUGCGUUAAUGAAAUUCGAGACCAAAAACAUUGAUACAAGUUCAAGCGUGGGCGAAAAUAUAGAUAUUGGUAUCGCGAGAGCGUGCGGUCAAUACAUAUGCAUGAUUUCGAAACGCAUAUUGUCUAACGCUAAAGCUAACAUAUAUCAGCAACGUUUAGUGGAAUUCAUAGCAUUGAUAGAGCAAUCGUCAACUUGUGAGGACGUAAGCACCUGGUUGGCUAUAAAGUUGGAGGUGAAGAAAUUGGAAGCCGAACAAGCGUAUCUGCAAAACAAAGUUCAGAAAUUGAAGAAUAUCAUUCAAGAGAAUUCCUUACUCAACCUCGACAUAGCUCAACUAACGACCGACAUAGAGACAGUUGACGCACAAAUGGACAAAUAUAUAAAAGAUAUUCAGCAAUCUAUAGCAGUCUUAAAUUCUACGUCAACGCUCAUAUUUAAAGAGAAAGAGAAGCUGCAUUACGAAUUGCAGAAGAUAAUGGCGUUACAGGCCAACAAUUACGACGCGAAAUGCAUGAAUAACGCGCUGGACAUCGAACUGGAUAUGUUUUACAAUACCUUAGAUCUCGACGCUUUGCGAAAAGUAAUGUUGAAGGGAGAUGUAGGACUGUAUAGACACGCAAUCUGUGGUCUUGAUAAAGUUUCCAUCACCACGGUCAAUCCACAAUACUCGAGGAUCAAGCCUUAUUUUCCAAUAAUACAGAUGCCAAUUUACUCUCUCAUAGAAUGCUACAAAAACGCGAUUGCGAAUAUCAUUUACACAAAGUUGCACCGUUCAAUGGAGGACAUGAAUGAGACCAAGUGCAUAGAUAAGUCAGUACCGCCACGAGAAAAGUGUAAUUAUAAUAGUCUGGAACUAUUGAACCUUGCCAGUAUUGUUUGCGAUCAGGCGCGCGAAGAGAUCAAGCGCUUCAAUGCGGUCCUGAAUACUUGGACAAACCAAGACGUGCAAGAAGCGAUGGCGCUCAACGAAACGACCGUGGACGGUGUGUUCUUUAAGGAUUGGUUGCAGCGUUAUAAUUUAUUAUUAUACAUGAUACAAAAUAGCAAAUAAUCGAUAUAUUAUAACUUUUCACCGUUUAUCUAUUCUAUAUUGUCACAUGUCCGAAACAUUUUAGCAUGUAUAUUUUUAUACCGAACUAUAGGAGAGUAAUGAUUUAAAGUACGCUGGCGUAGUAAAUAGACUUAUAUUUCUCGCAAAAAUACAUCACGUAAUACACGUUAA